GUCUUUGAGUUAUAUUUCUAUAGAGCAGACAACUAUUUCUCACAAGUUUAGCUUAAAUUCCCGGGCUGAAAACCCAGAUUGAAUAUUGUAUUAUUAGUGUACCACCAUAAUGGACAGGCAGACGGGUAAAGAGAUUAAAGCAAAUCCCCAGUCGCGGAAACUAAAGUUCUCCGGGAUUUGUCAGCUUAAUGAUGAGGAACUUUCGCAUCUCUACAAGAUCGAUAAGCUGACGGACGAGGAGCUGGCCUCCGUGGACCUGGAGAGAAGCUCCCUAAUCGAUGACUAUCGUCAUUUGCACGAGCUUUCGCAGAUUUGGCAAAAGGAGAACAAAGCCGCACCGCCUUCCAGCCUCUCGGAGUGGGAGUUACACAAAGAGCUGCAGCAUAUGGAGUACAAACCUAAAAAGGUGUACAAAUUUCACUUGCUCAACAAGUUGGUUAAGGUCAUGAGUUUCGAGAAGGAGCCGGCCUCUAUCUUCAGCGAGCAGCAGUUGCAGUUUGAUGCGGACUACCAUGACGAGAAGGUAUAUCUGCUUCCGCCCAAGAAUUGUCUGCGUCGCCGCCUGGAGUCCUUCUACGAUCACCUGGACAACAUGUUCGUCUGCGGCGACCGCAACAUGGCCAUCGACUUGGUGGUGCAGGGCAUCCUCCGUUUGAACAGCGCCGCAAGUGGCAGAUCGAUGGCCUCACCCCAGAACCAAAUUCAUACCUAGGAAGUGCAAUCUCAAGUGCAGGAUUAUCGACCGAAUUUCCGUUUUUUAGUUAACUUUUUUUCUCACUCGGAAGAAAGGGCAACUUCCCACGUUAUACUAUUAUUAGAACAAAUUUGAAUUUAAAGUUUGCUUGCCCAUUAAAAAAUGUAGAAACAUACGAA